GAUAUAUAUCUUCCGGUUCAGCUGAUCAGCAGACGACAAUCGGUAGCGUCGAUCAUUUGUAUGCAGUAACUAAAAUUUGAUGUUACACAGUUCUCGCAACUGCUGGUACAAUGGGAAUGGGCUCUGUAUUUACACGUUACGCCGGCCUACGGUGUUUGUUUAUUCAAAACACACUUGGUGUGAACGCGUAUCGACAUAUAGAAAAUGCAAUCAACUACAAUAGCAGGAACAAGACACUAUACCGCGAACAAUCAACAUCUGUUCGCCUCGCAUAUUCGAUUUACAGCAAAGAGGGAAGUAGUUCUGGAUCCCCCGUGUUAAUAGUGCACGGGUUGAUGGGCUCUAGAAUGAACUGGAAUUCAGUCUCCAAAGCAAUAGUCUCCAAAAUUAACCGGAAUGUGAUUGCCAUAGACGCACGGAAUCACGGAGAUAGUGCACAUUCGCCUGACAUGACAUACGGUCAUAUGGUAGAGGAUCUUCGUCUGUUUGUAGAUGAACUUAAACUGGGUCGUGUAUGUCCAAUUGGACAUAGUAUGGGUGGAAAGGUGGUGAUGCUGUUUGCUCUAACGCACCCAGAACUUGUGGAAAAACUGGUUGUAGUUGAUGUUUCUCCAAGGAGAGUCAGUCCAAGUUUCACCACAGUUAAAAAAUACUUAGAGGCUAUGCAGCAAAUAAAGUUUGGAAAAAACAUGUCAAUGUCAGCUGCUCGUAAGCUUAUAGAACAGAAAUUGUCUCCCAUUGUAAAAGUACCAGCUGUCUGUCAGUUCCUUGCCAUGAAUGUAACUCAGGCAGAAAAUGGUGAGAUGAAAUGGAAAGUAAAUCUGGAUACACUUGUAGACACUUUUGAUGAAAUUUCUUCAUUUCCAGCAACAGAAAAAGUUUUUGAAGGUCCAACAUACUUCAUAGGUGGAGGUGAUUCUGAUUAUAUGAGAAAAGAAGAUGAGCAGGAAAUUAAGAAAAUCUUCCCAUCAGCAACUUUCAAGUACAUUCCCGGUGCUGGACACUGGGUACAUGCAGAUAAACCUAAUGAGUUUGUGGAAGAAGUCUGCAGAUUUUUAACAGGAAAGUAGAAUUAACUCUUUCUUUUGAAAGUGAGAGUUGAGUGGCCCGUUUAUUUUUAAGAUUUAUUUAAUUUUUUGUGUCCUGUGUUCAAAUAAAAUUUAUUGUAAUUUAUUCUGUAUACAUUACUUUGUCAUAUUAAAUAAGGUUUCCAAUAAAUGAUGAAUGCAAA